AUGACGUUGUCAGCAAGUAGCAACAGUGUUGACACAAAUUCAAUAAAUAUUUCGACGAGUGAAAAUCCUAAUGUCUCAAAAAUACAUCUGCAAAAGUUUCUCACAACAGCAAGGCCGCCUUUUCUUACGCGAAACGGUUUUCAUGAUACUAUUGUCUUACCAACAGCUACAGAUGCAGACAAGGAGGCUGAACGCCUUUACAAUGAAGCUCUGAAAGAAUUUGUCGCGGCUUCUGAUGGUUUUCCAUUAAAAACGAUGAAAAAAGAAUGUGAGACGCCAUGGGUGAAACAACACGGAUGCCUUUGCAGUGGCACAGUUGAAAAACUUGUACUCAAUUGCCGUGCAACGGGAAUUAACAAUGAAUUAUUGUUGUUUUCUACGUCAAAAUUUCCAGAAACGCUUAUUAAAUUAGAUUUAGGAAAUAACAAUAUAACUAGUCUACCAAACAGAUCAUUUAACUCGUUAAAAAACUUAGAAGAACUAAUAUUGUCAGAUAAUAAUUUAAUAAGCAUCAAUCAAGAGGCCUUUUACAAACUAAACAGAUUGAAGCGUCUCAUUUUACACAAUUGUAAUCUGACGACUUUUCCUUUGGAGGCAUUACAACAAGUGCCAUGGUUGAAUUUUAUACAACUCUCCGGAAAUUCAAUUACCUCACUCGUUAAUGUUUCAUUGGUGCCAUUUACUAAUUUAAAGAGCCUUCGCCUUGACGGUAAUUUACUCGAGAAAGUACCCACAUAUGCAUUAACUGGCCUAACUGUGUUAGAUGCUUUAAAUUUGGAGAACAAUUUAAUAGCUUCAAUAAAAGAUGACGAUUUUCCAUUGAUGGGAAACUUAACUGUUCUGCUUUUGAAACGCAAUCGUAUAAUGGAGAUCUCAGCAGGUGCAUUUAAGAAUAUGGGUAGACUGAAAAUAUUGGAAAUUGAUGAUAACCUUCUCACAGCUAUUCCGUACAGUAUUAAAAAACUUCACAACUUGCAAGAACUCUCACUAAAUAACAAUCGUAUAAGACAGAUCUUGAAGGAUGAUUUACCCAAGAAUUUAAUUAUAUUUGAAAUGCGUGGAAAUCCUAUCACAUAUAUUGAGGACACUGCACUACAAGAUAUGUCAAAGUUGAGAAAAUUAAUUUUGUCUGAUUCAAGAACUUUGGAAACACUUCCAUCGAUGAAAGGAUGUGAGGCUUUAGAGAUUAUCCGAAUUGAUAGAUGUCGUCUCAAAGAAUUACCCACAAACUUGUGCGAAACGUCGCCCAAGCUGAAGAGUCUAGAAGCAAAGUCUAAUAUGUUGGAAACAGUUCCUGUUUUAGGCGGAUGUAAAGAACUUCGAUUGCUUGACUUUUCCGGAAAUCAAAUUGAGAGUUUACAUGGGCACUUAUUUCGCGGUUUGGAAAUGGUACACGAUUUGCUGUUGUCUCACAAUGAAAUACAUUCAAUUAGCGAAGACGCAUUUUCAGGUCUCGUUAGAUUGCAGUCUUUAGACUUGGAAAGUAAUAACAUCAAAUAUAUUCACCCGAAUGCAUUUACUCAUUUCUUGCAAAUAGAAGACAUAAAUCUGGGAAACAAUCAAUUUCCGGAUCUACCAACAAAAGGACUUAGCAAACUGUUACAUCUGAAAACCUUUAAUAAUCCUCGUUUAAAGGAGUUUCCUUCGCCCGAAUCCUUUCCAAAGAUACAAACAUUAGUGCUAUCAUACGCAUACCAUUGCUGUCCAUUUUUACCUCUCGUAUCAAUGUCUGCUUCUGCAACACCUACAUUACGAGACGAAGUGUAUUUUCCGUCAGAUAACAACUUUGAUUACAAUCUUUGGAACAACACAAUUGGAGAUUUUUGGCCACAAUUGAAAAAAAUUAACCUCAGUAACAAAUUCGAUCCACGAAUCAAUGAUCUAAUUAAUACAUACGGAUCAGAAUAUGGUCAUAUGAGCGGUUUGCCAGCAUAUACGGAUGAAUAUUACGAAGAAGAUGUUCGUACAACACCAUCGGAUCAAUUUACAGGAGUGAUACAUUGCUUACCUGCUCCUGGUCCAUUUCUUCCAUGUCAAGAUUUAUUCGAUUGGUGGACUUUACGAUGCGGCGUUUGGGUUGUCUUUCUUUUGGCAAUGCUCGGAAAUGGCACAGUUGUGUUCGUAUUAAUAUUUUCACGUUCUAAAAUGGAUGUUCCUCGCUUUUUAGUGUGUAAUUUGGCAGCUGCAGACUUUUUCAUGGGAAUCUAUUUGGGUUUUCUUGCUGUUGUUGAUGCCUCAACAUUGGGAGAAUUUCGAAGAUUUGCGAUACCAUGGCAAAUGAGUGUCGGUUGUCAGUUAUCGGGAUUUUUAGCAGUUUUAUCUUCGGAAUUGUCUGUUUUUACUUUAGCUGUCAUCACUUUAGAGAGAAAUUAUGCAAUCACACAUGCAAUGCACUUAAAUAAACGGCUCUCAUUGAGACACGCAGGAUACAUUAUGUCUAUUGGAUGGAUUUUUGCUCUUAUUAUGGCAACCCUCCCUCUGUUUGGUGUCUCAGAUUAUCGUAAAUUUGCCGUUUGUUUGCCAUUUGAGACAGUUGGAAACGGAAGCUUAGCAUAUGUGGUAUUUUUAAUGUUCAUCAAUGGAGUAGCAUUUUUGAUACUGAUGGGAUGUUAUUUAAAAAUGUAUUGUGCAAUUCGUGGAUCACAAGCAUGGAACUCAAAUGACUCGAGAAUAGCAAAAAGAAUGGCUUUACUUGUUUUCACAGACUUCCUUUGUUGGUCGCCAAUUGCUUUUUUUUCACUAACAGCCGUUUUUGGGCUUCAAUUGAUUUCAUUAGAGCAAGCGAAAGUCUUCACAGUUUUCAUUCUUCCUCUAAAUUCAUGUUGUAAUCCGUUUUUGUAUGCAAUUCUUACGAAACAAUUUAAAAAAGAUUGUGUGAUGAUUUGUAAAGCCAUCGAAGAGUCUCGUGUGACUCGAGGCAUCGGGCGUUGUCGACACAGUAGUAAUUUUAGCAAUCGACACACACCUGCGAACACAAAUUCUCUUGUUGAACGAUCUUCACGUGAUCUUAUUCCUCCAUUGUUGCCGGGACAAACUUGCAAUUGUGCUGCGGUAAAGCUGCUUGAACAACAGCAUACAAAACGAAUGCGAAUGCAAGAAGAACCUCCAAGUGUCUUGGAAAAAGUUUGGCGAAGAAUUUUCUGUCAAAAUAUCAAUAAAAACGAUAACAGAAGAAGAGGUAUAAAUGACAACUAUGCCUAUCAAAUUGCCGAAAUACAACAAAAAAAUCAUAAACGCGCCGGCUCAAUGUCGAGUAGCGAAAAUUUCAGUUCAAGCAGAUCCGAUUCGUGGAGACAUGGAGCUCCGCAUCAUCAUUGCGGAAUUCCCUUACGACUUUUAGAUCCUCGCCGACGACACACUUCAUGGUUGAUAACAAGAAAAACAUCGCAAGACAGCAAUUUAUCGAGUUCACGGAACGAUUCUUCAGGAUCUAAUACAACUGCAAGCACAUCAACAUGGAGAAUGUCACAUUCGAGAUCAAGCGCAAGCAGUUGUGCAAGUCGUCAAUCGAUUCCUGGACAAAAACCUCGACUCGUACGUCAGCAAGCUGUAAAUCAAGAUGAUGCUCAUCUCGAUUUAUCUGGCUCAAUAUCACCCACGGGACGUUUAAAUGUUCGUUUUCUUCCAACAAUACCCUCUGCAGCUGACAGCUCAAUUCAACUUGAGGAAGAUCCAGAAAUCGAAAAGCUCGCUGACAGUGAUUCAUACGGUAAUGGAAUUGAGAUUACAGCACCCAAAACAAGUAAAGCAACAUCAACGAAAGAUGGUUCAACGCAGUUUUUCGCCAUCAUUAAAGGAGGCGGAAAACCACAAUCAACACUAUCUAGUCUUCACGAUAAUAAACCUCCCUGA